CGUCUCUAGUCCAGCCGCAAAGCACUCACUUACAUUCAGUCACACUACAAAACGAGACGAUUCCACGCCGGGCUGAAAAAAAAAAAAAAAAACACAGAGACUUAAAAAACAAACCAUUGAACAGCUAAUGGGGCCGGCAAACAAGAAGAAGUAAGAGUUUUUUUUCAUUUUUUUUUAUUUUUAGGGCGAUACAAGUGUACGUUUCGUGGGCGGCUUUGGCUUGGAAGUGUUCCAGUGUGGUGGCUGUUGAUAUACAGGACUGGUUUAAAAAAAAAAAAAAAAGAAAGAAAGAAGGUUGUGGGGUAAAGUCCACUUGGAAAGAGCGGUUCCAGCAAGACUACUCGUUUGCUGCUUUUUUUUUUCCCCCACGAUUCCGACGCGAAUCAGUAUUGGAGUGGUACACGCCCGAUUUUUCUUGUGGGCGGCGUGGGAUCGAUUCCCGCUCAGCGAUGGUGUCGAUGUGUGCCCUGCGACUGACCGGUGACCAGUUCAGGGUGUAGUCUGCCUUUCGCCCAAUGUUAGCUGGGAUAGGUACUCCCUGGACCCUUGUGUUCCAGUCAAGCAGGCGACCUGCGCGUGAAUAUGUUUGCGUAAGCAAAAUCCGGCGGAUGCACCGCGGCGAUGAAGGCCAGCCGCUCCUCAUCACUGCGGCUCCUGCUGCUGCUGUUCGGCUGCUGCGGGUGCGCGGCGGCCGCCCACCCGUUCAGACCGCCGCCGGACCUCGACGUGACUCCGCGCGUCACCGUCUCGAUCAACAAUCUGCUCGAUUGCCGACGCUUUGGCUCCUCUUCCGCCGUUAACUACAGCACGAUGUUGCUGGAGGCCGACGGCCAGCGCCUCUACGUCGGGGCCCGCGGGGCCGCGUUCGCUCUCGACGCCGCCGACGUCUCGGCCGGCCCUCCGCUCACUAUCGCGUGGGAGGCCUCCCCCGAGCAAAAGUUGCAGUGCCUACUCAAGGGGAAAGACAACAAGACGGAGUGUUUUAAUCACAUCCGCUUCCUGCAGAGGUUCAACUCCACGCACCUCUACAUGUGCGGGACUCACGCCUUCCGUCCUCUCUGUGCAUACGUAAAUGCUGAGAAAUUUGCGAUGUCUCCACCUGAAGAAGGCAGAGACAAAUGCCCCUACGGCCCGACAACGGGAUUCACCGGCCUCAUCGUCGACCAGGAGCUGUUUACCGCUUCCCAGUAUGAAUUUCGAAGCUUCCCAGAUAUCCGUCGGAACUCCCCCACACUGAAGACGGAGGACGCUCCCACGCGAUGGCUGAAUGAUGCCAACUUUGUGAGCUCCGCGCUGGUGAGGGAGAGCUUGAGCGGGAGCGUCGCGGGCGACGACGACAAGAUCUACUUCUUCUUCACCGAAGGUGGCGCCUCCGGAACCCACGGCAGGGUGCCGCGAGUGGCUCGCGUUUGCAAGGGUGACCGAGGAGGCCACCUCACUCUCCAGAAGCGCUGGACAUCAUUCCUCAAGGCUCGGCUCGUGUGCUCCUUGCCCGAGUACGACUUCCACUUCAACGCGCUGCGCAGCGUCUUCGUCAUGCCCGGAGAGACGCCGCGGGACACGCUGUUCUACGCCAUCUUCGGCCUGGGCUGGAAAAACACAAAGGCAUCUGCGUUGUGUCGCUUCUCGCUGUCUGAAGUCCAAGAGGCCUUCCAAGGGCCUUACAUGGAGACCCAGGACUCUGGCUCCAACUGGAAUGAGUACAGUGGAAAAAUUCCUGACCCGCGACCUGGAACGUGCAUCACAGAUGCCACUCGGGCCAGGGGCAUCAAUUUGUCCACUUCCCUGCCCGAUGACGUGCUCAACUUUGUCCGAAGACACCCGCUGAUGUCGCAGCAGGUCCAGGCUUUAGACCGCCGCCCCCUGCUGUUCAAGAGGACCACGGACUACACGCACGUGGCUGUGACUGUGGUCCAAGGCUUGGAUGGCCAAGCAUACCAUGUCUUAUUCAUGGGAACAGAUGAAGGCUGGCUCCACAAGGCCGUCCACGUGGAGGGUCAGUUGCACAUCAUCGAGGAGCGACAACUGUUUGAGCAACCGCAACCAGUGGAAAACGUGCUUAUUUCCGUCAAACAGAGGAGCGUAUACGCGGGCGCCCCGUCGGGCGUGGUGCAGCUGCCCCUGUCCAGCUGCCGCAGGUACGCUUCCUGCUACGACUGCAUCUUGGCCCGGGACCCUCACUGCGCCUGGAGCGGAGACGCGUGUGUGGACGUCUGGGCGUACGCGGACAAAUCUACGUUAAUCCAGGACAUCCAGCGAGGCCGCAGGGGGUGUGACAACACUCGAGGCGACGUGGCCACACGCCGUCGCUCGGUGCGAGUCGGCGACGACGUGCUCUUGCAGUGCGAGCUGAGCUCCAAUUUGGCCACGCCACUGUGGACGCUGGACGGCCAGGAGCUGCACGGCUACGGCCUCAGUUCGGGAUUCCGGACCGGCACCGACGGCUUGCUCGUCAUCCGGGCGCGCCGGGACCAGAGCGGCCGUUACACCUGCUACACGCUGGAGAACGGCAUCCGGGUCGCCGUGGUUACCUACAACGUCAGCGUCUCUCUCGACCCGCCGCUUCCGCCCACUGAAGACCCUCGACGCCAGUCCAUCCCCUCGCCGCCCGCCACCCCCUCCGAGGGGGACCCGUCGUCUCGGAUGCCCCACUCGGAGAUGCUCUCCGCCAAGAGCAUGGAGGCCCUGUACCUGUCCCUCAUCACCAUCCUGGGCAGCCUGUGCGUGGUUCUCACCGUGGUGCUGUUCUACUUGGGCUUCUGCCUGCGAGUGGGCAACCAAGGGAAGUACUCGCUGCGCACCGCGGCCGCAACGUACCCGGGCGGGAAGAGAAACCCCAAGAAGCGAAAUUCCUCCCACUUGGAGCUGAAGACCAUUUCCAGUAACGGCCACGGCGUCCACAACGGUGUCUCCAUGCGUCCUUACGGCGACAUCCACGCCGGAGGCUUCCUCCAGAUUGUCCCGGGUGAGGCUUACACCUCCCCGAACACGGACAACGCCACCCCGCCGCCGCCGGCCCCUCCGCUGCCCACCGCGCCGGAGUGCAACUUCGCCAACGGGCUCUCGGCCACCCUGCCCAACGUCCUGCGACGGAUGAACGGCAACAGCUACGUGCUGCUCACGCAGAGCGACGGCGAGAGCGCCGCGCCCAUCUGCCCGUCCUUCGCCGACGAGCUCAACAGGAUCCUGGAGAAGCGCAGACGCACUCAGCUGAUGCCCAGGCCGGACGAGAGCUCCGUCUAGGCCGAGGAAAAGAGACUCGCAAGGGGAGAGGAAGCGAAACUGACUUCAUUUGUGCCCUGAGGGACACGUGCAGCUUUGGGGAGAGAAUUUUCAAAGUUGGAAACUUUCCACGGGAAUUGACCAGAAAUGUGGGAAUAAAUGGAAAUAAAACAGAUAAUUAUUUCUCAGCUCACUCAGGUUACCUCCCACCUUCGGAAAACGUGCGUUUUAGAGUCUUCGAAGACUACACGGUUUAGAUAGAAUGGACCUUUCCGACCUGUCAAUCAUUCGUACAAUAACAGCCAAUCAGAUAGCCGCCCCUGGCUUGACACGCCCCUGCCGCCAUGUUGUCCCACAAGCAAUGCUGGUUGCCAGUAGCGUGCGCUCGGAAAAGUUAAUGUUAAAGAAGAAAAUGGUCCUCAGAUGUGCUGGGGGAACGUGCAAUUCUGAUGAAAGAUAUCCUGCUAGCUUACGAGCGGCCCGCUUGAUUCAUUGUCCAAAGCCUAAAACGCACUUGACGAAGCGUCUACGACGGAUUAAGGCUCGCGGAAGAGCUCGCGUACAACUAAAUGUGAACAAUAUCGACAAACACAAGGCUGUAUGUUCGAAGGUAAGUGAGGGAAAAGUAUCUUAUUAAUACUUUAUACAUUGCAGGAGAACAACUUUCAUUUUGUUAGCGUAUCAAUGACCUGCUGAACAAAGUGUGUCAUGUUUUAUGCCGAAGAGUCGGGUUAGCGAUACGUAAAUGCAAGAGAAAUGUCUAUUUGCCUAUUUGUAUCACAUCAGACUUUUAAGACACUUCCCCUGUUUUACAUGCGCAGUACCAUUCCACUAUUUGGAUUUCAAUAUGAACUUUGUGAGGCGUCAAACUUUUCGCUGUAAUUCUGAUAUUGGGUCCCGCUCAGUCCAAAAAUCUGAAUUCCGUGUACAUAUCCUUGCGGGAAAUAGUUGAGACCUCUCUGUAGGACUCUCUCGGGCAGGUCUGGAGCUCCGUCGGAAAGGUCCGUUCAAGACGUGGGGCGAGACGGCAAAUUAAAAAAAAAAAUUUCUAGCCUGGAAGCAAGGUUAUAUAGGCUCAUAAAAUAUGGUCAGAUUGGUUCCUUGUUUUGUAAUUUGACCUUCUGCAUAACAAAUUAUCUAUCAUAACCAACAUAAUACUGACAUCAAAGUGAAACAAAUUGUCACAAGGUGUCCAGCCCUCUCGGAACGAGUGGAACAGCCUGCAGACACACAACAAA